AUGGCUUCAAUGCUAACCCUUCCUAAUCAAACAGAAGUUACUAUUUGUCAAAGAUGGAUAGUACCACCGCCACAUGAGGAAGACUAUAUAGAAAAUGAGCUUGAGAGUCUCAUUCCUGUUUCUGAAGCCGUAAAGAAGAUUAGAGAAAACCUAUUAUUGACUACAUGUGUUAUGGGAUACUUCCAGAAAAUCCAAGGAGAAGGUUUGACAUUCGUCAUCAUGCACCUCGCUUACUUUACUACAAGGACUCAUUAUAUAGAAGAUCAUUUGAGGGUGUACUAUUACGAUGUUUGGGAGAGCAAGAAGCAAUUCAAGCUCUGCAAGAAGCACACUCAGGACAUCCCUCGCUACAUAAUAACGGACAAUGGCAAGCCAUUUGAUAACAAAUUAAUGAAAAAAAAUUGUGAUCUCUUUGGCUUCAAGCAGCGUAAAUCUUCUAUGUAUCAUGCUACCGCCAAUGGUCUUGCUGAAGCAUUCAAUAAGACUCUAUGCAACCUCCUGAAGAAAGUUGUCUCCAAGUCCAAAUGGGAUUGUCAUGAAAGAAUGGAAGAAGCUUUGUGGGCAUAUAGGACAAUAUACCGCACACCAACUCAAACAACACCAUAUUCACUUGCUUUCGGAGUUGAAGCAGUCCUUCCACUCGAGCGUCAAAUAUCUUUCUUAAGACUUGCUAUUCAAGAAGGGCUUACUGAAGAAGAAAAUGCUCGACUGCGUCUUGUUGAGUUAGAAACACUUGACGAAAAGAGGCUAGAAGCCCAACAAAACCUUGAAUGUUAUCAAGCUCAUCUAUCUCGUGCUUUCAAUAAGAAAGUUCGCUUGAGGUGUUUCCAAGUUGGAGACCAAGUUCUUGCAGUAAUAAGACCCAUCAUUACUUCGCACAAGUCUGGGGGCAAAUUUACCUCGUAG